GCUCCCAUUGGAAUCGCAUCCAGCGCCCUGGAAGGAGUCGGAAGGCUUUGGGGAAAGUUUGGGAGCUGCGGAUGCCAUGGGAGCCCAGCGAGGCCCCGGCCGGCAUGGACUGUCCUGACAUGCAGUGUGGCGCCAUGGAUCUAAAAGCUGGAGUUGCUUUAGCCGCUUCCACCCGGAUCCCAUUGUGAAGCUCUUGUGACGUCGCCGAGGUUCUCGAGGAAGCCUUCUGUGUUCCCGCGUUUGGAUCGUGCUGCCGUGAAGAUGCCGUUUAUGCCGGUGAAGUUCAACCUGCAGAAGCGGGUGAAGCUGGCCCAGGGUCUAUGGAUGCUCUACUGGUUCUCGGUCAUCGUGGGCAUCCUCAUCUUCAGCCUCGGCAUCUUCUUCAAGGUGGAGCUGCGCAAGAGAAGCGAGUUGAUGGACGAGAGCGAGAGCCACCUGGUGCCCAACCUUCUCAUCCUGGUGGGGCUGCUGGCCUGCGGCCUCAACGCCUUCGGAGGCAAAGUGUGCCACGACUCCCUAGACCCGCUCAAGUUCUCCAAGUGGAAGCCCAUGCUCAAAAACUUUCUGCUGCUCUGCUGCGGCUUCAACGUCCUGCUGCUUCUGGUGGCGCUGCUCUGCUUCCUCAUGCAGUUCGCCGUCUACCUGACGCUGUCCGAAGGUCUGAAGAACAGCAUCCGCUUCUACAAGGACACCGACACGCCGGGGCGCUGCUUCAUGAAAAGAACUCUGGACUUGACGCAGAUUGAGUUCCGCUGCUGCGGGAACAACAACUUCAGGGACUGGUUUGAGGUCCAGUGGAUCAGCAACCGCUACCUGGACAUGAGCAACGAUGAGAUCAAAGAUCGUGUCCUCAGCAACGUGGAAGGGAAGUUCCUCAUGGACAGCGUCCCGUUCAGCUGCUGUAAUCCCGGGUCCCCUCGGCCCUGCAUACAGCAUCACCUGACCAAUAACUCCGCCCACUACGACUACGACCACCGCACCGAGGAGCUCAACAUCUGGACGAGGGGCUGCCGCGAGUCCCUCUUCUCCUACUUCAGCGGCCUGAUGACUUCCAUCGGCGUGCUCAUCAUCACCACCAUCGUCCUGGAGUCGUUGGACAUGGCGGGCUUGAAGUACCUUAGCACGGCUCUGGAGACCAUGGCAGACCCGGACAACCCCGAGUGCGAGAGCGAAGGCUGGCUUCUGGAGAAAGGCGUCAAGGAGACGUUGAUGGAUCUUCUGGCUAAGGUCAAGACUGCGGGCAAGUCCAACAACGUGGGGGAAGGCGGGGAGGAGGCCACCUGAAGGCCCCGCCCACUGGCAGAGAGCUGCUAGCACGCACACACACACACACUCUGUAAAUAAACACAUCAUCAAGAUUCUUCUCUUACAAUAAGCUAACAUGAAAGUUUUUUUUUACUUGUAAGCCAAAGCAGUACACACACACACACACACAAACACACACACACUAAAGCCCCUUUCCCAGGGACUCUUCCUGGUAAACCAAACACAAAAAAUGGCGGCUGAGUAGAAACAUCGAAACUGUUAGGGGGAACCUUUUUACACGGGUAGUCUUUGUUUUGGUGGGAACUGGGUGGGGUGGUGUACACCAGCAUAAAUAGGAAAGUUCCUGCAGUGGAAAAGGGGCGACUGUGUUCAUUUGUAGAUGUUUUAUUGUUAGGAAUGAUCUCAUUGUCGCUCAGAGCUUUUAGUUAAAAACCCAAAUAAAAGUGUUGCAUGUUACAGUGUGUCACCGUCACUGCCUACCUGGCUGGAGAAGAAGAAAUUGACGCUGUUUGCCGUGUAAAAUGACGAUGUAGAUGUGUCGUAAAUGUUAGUAAUCCUGAAAAUAUAUUUUAUUCAGGAAAAAUGUUCCUAAUAAAGAGACAACAAAUACGUGA